AUGAAGUUCUCUCUUGUCCCCCUCACGGCCCUGCUUGCCGCUGCCAACGCCGCCAACUACAUCCCCUCGGCCAUUGCCGACAUCACCACCGGCACCGUCGCCCUCAACCAGACCGUGGCCAACUGGUUCGGCGGCCCUCUUGGCCUGCUGCCCAUUGUGGCCAAGAACAACGAGCUUCUCGACGCCAUCCACGACGGCACCGACAAGGUCACUGCUUCGGACCCCCUCGACUUCCAGGGCGCCAUUGACGUUGCCACCUCUGCCGUCGCCCUCCAGACCGACGUCAAGGACACCAUUGACACCAUCAUCCGCACCAAGCACAAGUUCGACAUCUACCUCAUCGUCUCCCCCAUCAUCAAGUCCAACCUCAAGAAGCAAAAGGCUGCCACUGCCGACUUCUCCAAGGCCCUCAUCUCCAAGAUCCCCGUGGACCUCCGCCCCGUUGCUGAGGGUCUCAUUGGCGAGAUCAACGCCCAGUUUGACCGUGGAAUCAGCGCCUACUAG